GGGUCGGCAGUGGUACGAUCCGCCCGGGAGGAGGCGGCUCCCCCCGGCACGGGUCGGCAGUGGUACGAUCCGCCCGGGAGGAGGCGGCUCCCCCCGGCACGGGUCGGCAGUGGUACGAUCCGCCCGGGAGGAGGCGGCUCCCCCCCGCACGGGUCGGCAGUGGUACGAUCCGCCCGGGAGGAGGCGGCUCCCCCCCGCACGGGUCGGCAGUGGUACGAUCCACCGAGCGGGUGAGUGCGGGGUCGGGCCCGGCGCGUACCGGCUGCGCCCCCAGCCCCGCCUGGCCCCGCGCCGGCUGCCCCGGGAGCCCGGCGGUUCUUGCAGUGCCUGGUUUGUGGGAGCUGCUGGCUGUAGAGUAAGAAACUGCCUCUAGCUGGAGACCCCCGAGACUCUCCACCCAGGCACCAUGGUGACCGAGGAGGAAGUGGAGGCCAUCGGCCGGACACUGGUGGACACAAUGCAGCCCCUGAAGGCUCGUUUCCGAGCCCUCUUCACCCUGCGCAAUGUGGGCGGCCGUGCCGCCAUUGACUGGAUCAGCCGGACUUUCGGGGAUGAGUCUGCCCUUCUGAAACACGAGCUGGCAUACUGCCUGGGGCAGAUGCAGGAUGAGCAUGCCAUCCCCUGCCUGGUCCGGGUACUGCAGGACACCAGCCAGGAGCCCAUGGUGCGCCAUGAAGCAGGGGAAGCUUUGGGAGCGAUUGGGAACCCCCAGGUUCUGGAUGUUCUGAGAUGUUAUUCAGAAGACCCAGUGAUCGAGGUAGCCGAGACCUGCCAGCUGGCCGUCAAGAGGCUCGAAUGGCUGCAGAAGAACAAGGAAGCACCCGGCGCUGGCCCCUACCUGUCUGUGGACCCGGCUCCCCCUGAUGAGGAGAAGGACGUCGCCAAGCUCCGGGAGACCCUGCUGGAUGAGUCGCGCCCGCUGUUCGAUCGGUACCGCGCCAUGUUCGCCCUGAGGAACGUGGGGGGCGAGGCCGCGGCGCUGGCGCUGGCUGACGGCCUGGUGUGCGGCAGCGCCCUCUUCCGCCACGAGAUUGGCUUCGUCCUGGGCCAGAUGCAGCAUGAGGCCUGCGUGCCCCAGCUGACGGCGGCACUGGAGAGCGUGGUGGAGAACCCCAUGGUGCGGCACGAGUGUGCGGAGGCGCUGGGCUCCAUCGCCAAGGCGUCCUGCCUGGAGACGCUGCGGGCGUUCGCCCAGGAUGGGGAGCGGGUGGUGAGGGAGAGCUGUGAGGUGGCCCUGGACAUGUAUGACUACGCCAACGGCCCUGAAUUCCAGUAUGCCGACGGGCUGAGCAAGCUGCAGGCCUCGGGCUGAGCCGGGAGCCUGCCUCGGCCUCUGCGGGGAGCUGGGUGGCUGCCGGAGGCAGCCCCAGGGUAGGGGAGCCAGGGCCUGAUUCACCCCCGCCCUGCACGACUGCUUGCACCAGGGCAGAGUGGGUGGGAAGCCAGUUCCGCAUAGUCCUGUGCGCUCUGUGUCCUGGGGAGGUAGCAGCAUGGGCCGGCAGCAAGCCUCUAGCGCAGCUUGUUUCUUUGAGUCCCUGGGAUGGGUCAGGAUCUGUGCUGGGGUCCCAGGGCAGAGGUUUCCAACAGCAGCUCUCUGGGGGGGAGCCUGCCCGGGAUCUAGGGUCUGGGCGUGUCGGGUGGGGCCAGAAGGGAGAGCAGGGCUCGUCUCUCAAGUCACGGGGGGUGGGUGGGUACAAGGGACUGUCACUUAGCUGCACAGACUGGGCCUGGGGCGGGACUCCGCCAGGGCUGGUUCUGCGCAGACUCCCUUCUCCAGGGCUGGGCUCAUGCUCCAGCUCCACCGCUGCUGGGGGCCUCGUGUGCUGGGCUCUUGGCAGGCGUUUCAGGAGGCGACGCGCUGCUCGCCGCAGCUGCAGCCUUGCCAGACGCCAGCCAGAGCCUCUGCCCGUUCGGCCCCAGCACCGCUGGCUGAGUCUCUGCCCCCGGGCGCGGCUCAGACAGAGCCGGAGAGCACCUGGGUUUUCAACCUGCCCCCGGGUCUUUGCAGGCCCAGCUUUGUACUCACAGUGACGUGUGCUGUGCGGGGGGUGGCUGCCGUGCGGUGAGGCUGGGUGCCUGCUCUGGAAAUCUGGCCUUCGAUUUCCCUCCUGCCUGGGCAAUGGCGGCAGAGAGGGAAGCUGCAUUGCCCCAGAGCUCCCCUCCAGCGCCAGCCAGGGAGCAGACCUGCCAAGGCAACACAAACCCCGGCCACAGCUGCUUUCUCUGAGCCCUGGCCUGUGGCCAGAGGAGUUGGGGGCCUCUGGUGGCACUGCUAUGGGGUCUCCCCCGAGCGGGUCACAGCCAGCCUGUAGCACUGUGGGCAUGUAGGAGGGUGGGGAUGUAGGGGCUGGAGGUGGGAGCUUUGCAGCAAUGUGCCAGCGAGUUCCCAAGGUGAUCUGAUGGGGAGCCCUCUAGAACUGCCGUCCCUUGGCGUGUGCAGAGCGCAAUGCCAAAGGCAGAGCUGGUCUAGUCUCUGCGGGGAUGGGGCCGUCUUGCAGCAGAUGGAGCCUUUAGGGGCUUGUUGGAUACAACCAUUCACUUGUACUGGGGCUUGGAAAGGCUUGCGGGGAAUAAAUGGAAUGGGGGAAA